GCUGACAAAGGCAGCUGUCCAGUGCUUGGCUUUUGCCCUUGGACGGAGCCGGGGAGAGGGCUUGCGAGCAGUUCAUUUCUAGGAUGAAGGCUUUCUUUGCAGGAAAAGCAGGUCUGGGGAUGGCUUUUUAAAGCUGCUCUGUUGGACCGAGGCUUUCUUCUCCUCCUGGGUCUGCCUGUGGCUGUUUCCUCCUCCUUCUCUGUCCCCCCCUGGCUUGCUCACCCCCUUGGCCUGAGAGUCUAGUGGUCAUGGUGUGCGUCUGACAGAAAAGGCAUCUUGUAUCAAGACGAGAAACUUUGCGUGCAUUUCUGGAAGCAACACAGACAUAUCAGCAGCUGUAGGACCCAGCGGCUACGUGCUUGGGGAAUUGCCGGCACUGUAAGCAGAAGACCUCUGGAGCGGGGAUCUCAGAGCCGGCACCUCGUGUGCGGCCCCCCGCCCGAGACACGGAGUGGAGAUGGUCAUAAAAUGAGUUCCGGGGUGAGCUGCUGAGUCAGAGGUGGACAUACGGAGAUAAGGCCAGCAGCUGCAGGACCUCGAGCCUCCUGGACGGACGCGACAAGAUGAGCUUAGAGACUGAGGACAAACGAGCUCGCACACGAUCCAAGGCCCUCCGAGCACCUCCAGAGCCUGUAGGCGCUGACCUCAGCUGUCCCACCCCAGGAUGCACGGGCUCGGGACAUGUCCGAGGCAAGUACUCCAGGCACCGAAGUUUGCAGAGCUGCCCACUGGCCAAGAAGAGGAAGCUGGAGGGCGCCGCGGCCCAACGCCUGGUGUGCAAGCGGAAGUCACACCCCCUGAAGCUGGCUCUCGAUGAGGGCUACAGCGUGGACAGCGAUGGCAGUGAGGACGCCGAGGUGAAGGACGCCUCUGUUUCAGAUGAAUCGGAAGGAACUCUGGAGGAGGACGAGGCCGAGUUGUCAGGACAGGACGAGAUUCAUCGCCCUGCGGCAGCUGAAGGAAGAAGCCCCAUCAAGUCUCAUUUGGGACCCAACCCCGUCAACAGCGCCACAGGCCCCUGCAAGGGCGUCUACAGCAGCUACCAGGAAAGCAUCGCGACUUCGCUCCUGAACUUGGGCCAAAUCGCUGAAGAGACCCUGGUCAGGGAGGAAGCCAGACCGGGCCCUGGCGUGGUGAGUCUGGUUCAGGAUGAAGCUGAAGAAGGGGCCACGAGCGACGAAGGGGACAAGGACGUCUUUAUCCAGCCAGAGGACGCAGAGGAAGUCAUCGAAGUCACCAGCGAGCGCUGCCAGGAGCUGUGUCCCCAGUCCCUGGAGGGUGUGACCAGUGGGGAGUCCAGCGAGCGGAAAGUCACCCUGGGUAAUGUGGAGGAGGACGAGGAGGACGAGGAGGACGAAGAGGAGGAGGAGGACGAGGACGAGGACGAGGCCGGUCCCAACGUGAUCUGCGAGGAGGACGCCCCCCGCGGCCCCGCCCAGAAUGCCGCGGAGCCUGAGUACGCAGUCAUCGUGGAGGUGUGCUCUGACGACGGCAAGGACGAAGACACGCGCUCCCAGAAGUCCACGGUCACAGACGCGUCUGAGAUGUACGACAUGAUGACCCGCGGGAACCUGGGCCUCCUGGAGCAGGCCAUUGCACUGAAGGCCGAGCAGGGCCACGCCGUCUGUGAGCCCGGCUGCCCGCCCACCGAGCAGGACCACCUGAGCCCUGGUGAGCCGGCCAAGGUGACGAGGUCCCUGGAUGCCAGCAGGAAGGCCUGCUGCAGCAAAGAUUCCUCGAGAGCUGAGAAACGGGAGAUCAAGUGUCCGACCCCUGGCUGCGACGGCACUGGCCAUGUGACUGGGCUGUACCCUCACCACCGCAGCCUGUCUGGCUGCCCCCACAAGGACAGGAUCCCUCCGGAGAUCCUGGCCAUGCAUGAGAAUGUGCUCAAGUGCCCCACCCCCGGCUGCACAGGCCAAGGUCACGUGAACAGCAACCGCAACACACACCGAAGUCUGUCUGGGUGUCCCAUUGCUGCUGCCGAAAAAUUAGCCAAAUCUCACGAGAAGCAACAGCCGCAGACGGGAGACCCUUCUAAGAACGGCUCCAGUUCAGACCGCAUACUCAGACCUAUGUGCUUUGUGAAACAGCUUGAGGUACCUUCGUACGGAAGCUACCGGCCCAGUGUGGCCGCCUCCACACCCAGGGCCAACGUAGCCAGGGAGCUGGAGAAGUUCUCCAAGGUCACCUUCGACUACGCCAGUUUUGAUGCUCAGGUUUUUGGCAAACGCAUGCUUGCCCCAAAGAUUCAGACCAGCGAAACCUCACCUAAAGCCUUUAAAUCCAAACCUUUCCCAAAGGCCUCUUCCCCCAGGCACAGCUCCCGCACUGCACCCUCUCCCGCAGGCUUCGAUUACACACACGACGCUGAGGCUGCCCACAUGGCCGCCACCGCCAUCCUGAACCUCUCCACGCGCUGCUGGGAAAUGCCGGAGAACCUCAGCACGAAGCCGCAGGAUGCGCCCAGCAAGGCUGCAGACAUCGAGGUGGACGAGAACGGCACCCUGGACCUGAGCAUGCGCACUCACCGCAGGCGGGAGCACACCCUCCCUGGUGGGGGCGGUGGCGGCGGCAGCCCUGGCGUCAAGUCCCCCGAUGCCUCCCAGCGCCAGGGCAGCACCAGCGCCCCCAGCAGCUCCAUGACCUCGUCCCGGUCCAGCCAGGCGUCCCGCCAGGACGAGUGGGACCGGCCUCUGGACUACACGAAGCCCAGCCGCCAGCGAGAGGAGGAACCUGAGGAGUCAGAGCCAGCAGCCCAUUCUUUUGCUUCUUCUGAAGCAGAUGACCAGGAAGUGUUGGAGGAGAAUUUUGAGGAGCGGAAGUACCCCGGGGAGGUUACCCUGAGCAACUUUAAGCUGAAGUUUCUCUCCAAGGACAUAAAGAAGGAGCUGCUCACCUGUCCCACCCCCGGCUGUGACGGCAGUGGCCACAUCACCGGGAACUAUGCCUCCCACCGCAGCCUCUCUGGUUGCCCUCUUGCUGACAAGAGCCUCAGAAACCUCAUGGCUGCCCAUUCUGCUGACCUCAAGUGCCCCACGCCCGGCUGUGACGGCUCUGGCCACAUAACGGGGAACUAUGCUUCGCACCGGAGCUUGUCAGGCUGUCCUCGUGCCAAGAAAAGUGGAGCCAAGGUGACCCCCACGAAGGAUGACAAGGAGGAUCCCGAGCUCAUGAAGUGCCCAGUUCCAGGCUGCGUGGGUCUCGGUCACAUCAGUGGCAAAUAUGCCUCUCACAGAAGUGCGUCUGGCUGCCCGCUGGCCGCCCGGAGGCAGAAAGAGGGUUCCGUCAACGGCUCCUCAUUCUCCUGGAAGUCGCUGAAGAACGAGGGGCCCACCUGCCCCACUCCGGGCUGCGAUGGUUCUGGCCAUGCCAACGGCAGCUUCCUUACCCACCGCAGCUUGUCUGGUUGUCCCAGAGCGACCUUUGCUGGAAAGAAGGGAAAACUCUCAGGGGACGAGGUUCUCAGUACAAAGUUUAAGACGAGUGAUGUGCUGGAGAACGACGAGGAGAUCAAGCAGCUGAACCAGGAGAUUCGGGACCUGAAUGAGUCCAACUCGGAGAUGGAGGCCGCCAUGGUGCAGCUGCAGUCCCAGAUCUCGUCCAUGGAGAGGAGCCUGAAGACCAUCGAGGAUGAGAACAGGCUCAUUGAGGAGCAGAACGAAGCCCUGUUUCUGGAGCUGUCGGGCCUGAGCCAGGCCCUGAUCCAGAGUCUUGCCAACAUCCGCCUUCCACACAUGGAGCCCAUUUGCGAGCAGAACUUCGACGCCUAUGUGAGCACCCUCACCGACAUGUGCUCCAAGCAGGACCCCGGUGACAAGGACCUCCUGGACAGCAUCAAGCAGGCCGUGCGGGGCAUCCAGGUCUAGGCCUGGCCUCACGGAUCGGGGGUGCCCAGAGCACCCCACUUGGCUCCAGCAUUUACCUCCCUCGCCCUGCCUUCCUGGUGGAGAGUCCCCGCUCACAGUGACAGGCUGGCAGCCCGGGGUGGCCUUGGGCGCCUGCAACCCAGUACGUUCCUCUGCGCUUGCCAGGCUGGGGGCCUCGGCCUCCCGUGCGCGUGUGGGCUGCCAAGAUACACAAAUUGACUUAUUUUUGUUUCCUGGAAAUAACCCGCAAGAGCAGCUCGAAGUCUCCAGGGGAAGCUGAUGGACAAGGUCUCAGGGAAGUUUUGGAGUUUGCAGCCACAGUAUUCCUGUCUGUCGGGCUGGGGCUGGGCUGGGGCACAGCCUGGCAUCUGCUCAGCCAGGCCAACGCGGCACUGUGCUUUCUGUUUUUCUUCAAUUCAGUUUUGUGUGAAGAUGGAAAAAGGUGCUGUUCCAGGGGUGUUAGGAAUGGGCCUGCAGCCCAGUGUCAGCUCCAGGGGUUGCAGCUGGGAUGCCCCUGAAAGUCAGCGCUGCCUGCGCAUUGAAGCCCGGGCGUCUGGGCAGCAGGACCUCCGAGCCUGCAGACACAUGCGGCCUGGGGUCAGGCCCCUCCUGGGGCCGCGGCCUUUAGACCCAGGUCGGGUCCGUGCUGGGGCCUCUGGCUCUUUGCGUGCCCACCCAGGCUGGUGACCCUCACUGCCGAAUUACUGGGUCACAGCCGAGCCUGCCUGAGGCGAGGACAGCACCAGCGAGGUCGGGGCACAUUCUUAAUGGGAGACCACCAAGGUUUCACUUCUUUUUAGAUCUAGUCAAGAUGCGAAAAAAGGUAAAUUUUAAUUUGAUGUGUUAAAAACACAAUGUUCCUACAUGUAAAUAGAGUCAAAAUUGAUUGUGACUGCAAUUCCAAGUUAGUAUUUAAAAGUAGAGACAUUGCUCUUCCUGGAAGAAAGUAGUUAGUUUAAUUAUUCUGUAAAUUAUUUAAUUUUGUCAAGAUGUAAGUAUUUAUAUUCACAACCUCUUAUGUUAAUGUUUGCUAUUUAUUUGACAUUUUUAUUUAUUAAUUUUAUACUAUUUCAACUAGACCCCACACCAGGACACCAUGAGAAAGAAACGAAAUGUAAGGAAAACUAUGUGACUAUGAGACAGGCCACACAGAAAACUCUUGCUGUAACUUCCAGUUAUAAUUUUGAUGCAACCAAGUUAUUUUUUAUAUAUUUUGUUAUUUAUUCUUUUAAUACUGGAAUUUUUAAAAAAGUAUUUUGUAACAGGAAUUUUGAUAAUGUGGGGACAUUCUCCCCUUGGUCCGAUGGAAAGGAAGGUUUCUGGUUCCUUUUUCUUUAUCCCUGUGGCCCCUUGUUUCAGGCACGGAGAACAGCCGGCAGCAUUGUGGCCGUGACUUCUGUAUGUGUGUAGCACAGUGGUGUGUGCCUGGGUGUUUCUCAUGUCGCGUUGUGUGCUGAUCGCAAUGGCUCAGUCUUGUCGCUGGGGGAGUGCUGGCCGCGCAGCACUGAGCCGUCGCCACUCACCGGCUCCUUCCCCUGGCAGCUCUGAUACUGUGACCCUCCUUCCUCAGGAAACGCGUUGAACCCACAGCACAGCGCUUCUCGGUGUGUUUGCAGGGAGAUUUCCUAAUAAAAGUCCACUCUGACUGUGACGGAGCCGUGUGUUGUGGGGCCGCCGUCUCUGUCCCCGAUAGAGCUAGCUAACAGGCCGCCGAGCCGCCGUCCUGGGCAGUAGGUGGGUGUACACUUCCCUCUCAGGCCUGGCCCUGACUCCACACAAGCAACCCACGUCGUUUCCCUGAAUAUGACACUCAGAGCGGUCACGGCCAGGGACUUGUUUGCACCACUGAGGUCCUGAGCAACUAGCCUCUUGGUAUGUUGUUUGCUCACUGUACAAGGAGCUUGUGCGUUCACCGCAGUGGGGACCAGGCUGUUCUGAAACGUGUGGACGGACACCCCCGCCCUCCCCACAGCUCAGCGUUCCUGGGAGGGUGCCCCAGAGGCCUUGGUGUGAGGGAUCCCGAUGUGGCUGGUCGGCUCCAGGCCCCAAGGCCCACUCACUGCCCACAGCGCUCUGCCUUAAAUGCCAUCUCCACCCCCCCAAUCAUGCUGGAGGUGCCCUGGGUCAGCUUUCAGCAGUGUCAUGGCGCCCCUGGGUGGCCAGUGGCAUGGGGGAGGGGCUGCUCCCUGCAUGUUAGAGCCCAGGGUCAGGAUUGAGGACCUUCAAAGAUUGUUCCAGCACCAAGGCCCUUUAAAUGGAACGUGUCAUGGGAUCUCCACCCUGGUCUGGCGAGGUUCAGGUG